GAGGGAGAUACGAUGGCUUCCUCAUCUGGCAAUGAUGAUGAUCUCACUAUACCUAGAGCUGCUAUCAAUAAGAUGAUCAAAGAGACUCUCCCCAACGUCCGGGUGGCCAACGAUGCCCGGGAGCUGGUGGUGAACUGCUGCACUGAAUUCAUUCACCUUAUAUCUUCUGAAGCCAAUGAGAUUUGCAACAAAUCAGAAAAGAAGACCAUCUCACCCGAGCAUGUCAUACAAGCACUAGAAAGUUUGGGCUUUGGCUCUUACAUCAGUGAAGUAAAAGAAGUCUUACAAGAAUGCAAGACUGUAGCAUUAAAAAGAAGAAAGGCCAGUUCUCGUUUGGAAAACCUUGGCAUUCCUGAAGAAGAGUUAUUGAGACAGCAGCAAGAAUUAUUUGCAAAAGCUAGACAGCAACAAGCAGAAUUGGCCCAGCAGGAAUGGCUUCAAAUGCAGCAGGCUGCCCAACAAGCACAGCUUGCUGCUGCCACAGCCAGCGCAUCUAACCAGGCUGGAUCUUCUCAGGAUGAAGAAGAUGAUGAUGAUAUCUGAAAUUUACCAGCUGAGUUUCUAUUUCCUCUAUAAAUGUUUUUCCCUGCACAAGAAAACAGUGAAAGAAAUGCUUAUCUGUAAUUUUGUAUGCAUCUUGGUGGACUUGCCAUUGGUAUUCUAGGGAUGUCUGCUGUUAAGUUUCAUCUAUUGUGUGCUAUUCAUGUAAAAACUGUCUCUUUGAACUAUUGAAAAUUUAAGAUUCAGUAUAAUAUCAAUUUUGAAUUUUUAAUGGUGUUUAUGAAAUUUUAGAUAGCAGUGAGUCCUUUAUUUGAUCAAUAAACAGUGUUACAGAAAACGUCAAGUUUAUAAAAAUACAGUGAAAUUUAUACAGAAACUCUAAAUCUGCAUUUGCAUUUCCUCUGCCCUUUUAACUAGACUAAAAAUUGGGAAUUUUAAAUUAUUGGGGGGAGGGUGUUGUGUAAUGCAGUAGAUGUUAGAUCAGGAUGGUGAAAAAACAAAGAGUUCAGUUUUGUAGUAUCUGAAUUUUUUGUCUUUUAAAAUGAGUGUAUAUAUAUAGGCAAUAAAUAUAUAUGCUCAGAUAAAUAUGCUUGUUUAAAAAAAUCUCAAAAUGACAUCCAAAAACUUAGGAAGGAGUAUGUUCAAUAGUAGUUCUAUGAAUUCGGUGGGUUAUGUUUUUGAUUUUGUUUUUGUUUUAUGUAGAGGUAAAAACUACAGUUUUAUUAUGGCAUAAUUCAUCUUGAGCUAUGCUAUUACAUUUCAAAGACUGCCCAAUUUUGAGGACUGUCAUGAUUCUUACUAUUUCACUCCAAUAAUUGUUCAUAGUAUUACUUGCUUAGUCCAUCCAUCUUUAUUGGAACUUGUGAAACAAUUGCUUAGGUUCCAUUGGUUUAAUGGAGAUUCAUGAAUAUCAAACCUUUGCUGGGGGAAAGAAAUGAAAGUUAAUAAGCAUGCUUACUAUAAAAGAGGGAUUUUUUUUGUAAUUUAACUGAUAGUUAUAGUUUACUUAUUGUUUGUUUUUAGCAUUACUUUUACAUUUUCUUGACUAGAUGGCCUAGAGUGUCCAGUGCUUCCUUUUGAAAUGGCAUCAUUAUCUCCAUCAUAAUUGAGUGAUAGCUUUAAAAAUGAUUGGUUUUAUUUUGUUUAAGAAAGCGUGUCAUAACUGAUCAGCCCUAUAUGAAACAUAAAUAGUUUCAACCUACUCAUUAAAAGGGAGAAGCUUUAAUUUGGUUCCACUAAAUAAAGUAUGGUAGUGAUUUUUAUAGGAAUCCAGUGUAUUGAAGAAAUGGCAUAUUGUUUGUACUUUGGAAACAGAAUGGAAAAGCCACUUUAAGAUAGUAUAAAGUAAUCUAAAUUCCUAUGUCAGUUGCCAAAUCAUUUAAAUUUGUAUAUUCACCAAGUCCAAGGAUAAAUUGUGGUUGCUGGGAUUCAGUUUUAAUUGGAGAGCUAAAUAAGUAAAGUUUAUAAGUAUUAGAUUUCUUAAAGGUCUUAUUUUGCAGUUUUAGAAAAAGUGAAAUAUUAGCAUACGUUUAUUAAAUACACUUCCCCCAUGCCAUGAAAAGGUUAAUUUUGCUGAAUGUUUUAAGUUGAAGUUGAUAUUGUAUCCAUGAAGUGCUUUGGACAAGAUAGAAGAGGUUGUUUUUUUAAAAGUUUAAGUACCAAAGGUAGUCUAGUCUAAGAAAUAAUAAGUUAAUAAGUGUUGGGUUUUCUAAUUUGUACUGUAACAUCCUUAUUCUUUCUAUUUUAAGUAUAUCUGUUUCUUAAGUAAACAACUUAGAUAUUUUUCCACUUUUUUUUCCCUGAUGCAGAGUUCAGGUUAAUUAAUAUUUUACUGCAUCUGAUAAUGUAUUAUAUGUUUGAAGCCUAGUGACUUUUCAUUUUGACAUUCUUGUGAUUUCAUAUGCUGUAUUCUUCAAGCAAUAAAAUCUGAUGUGUUUUAUAAA